UUUACUUAAAGCAGUACAACCAGCCUGUCCUACCCUGCCCUACAUUAUCCCCCCCUCCCCCCCUCUCUUGCCCUACCCACUUACCCUUAUCAUGAACGACGAACGACAUCCCUCUCCGCAAUCACCACGAAGACAUGGUAAGCUUAUGUCGCGAGCAUUGAAUUUUCUAUUUCCUUCUGUGUUCAUUUUCUGUUUCCAUUUCAUGUCUAUUUAUGCCUUUUCACUAUAACGACCCUUACUCAACCACUACCCACGACCUCGAAGAUCACGAAGAAAAAAACGACCCCAAAAAAUGACAAAAAAAAAUGACCCCAGAUCCCAUGCCUACAGCCCAUGACCUCUGAACACUACGAAUCAGGCAAACAAAAACCGAAUACCCUACCUACCUACCUACCCACUGAAUGAUGUCUCCGUCGCAAUGUACUUACUUAUUCAUCUACCUACCCCCCCACCAUCUAUACCAGAACGAGCCAAUCUAGUAUAAAUGAUGGAUGUACGUUUUGGUCUUCCUGCCCCCCUUUUGGCUUGUUCAAAUGACGAUGUUGGAUGGAUGGCCAUCAUAUUAUGAACUCUUGCUUUUGGUUCUUUUCUUUUCACUUUUUUUUCCCUUUUGCCUUGGUCCUCUCAUUCUCCGUAGAGAGAGUGUGUUGGUUGUUGGGAUUUAUCGUUGCUCUAAUCCUAUGCACAUAGUAUGAAGAAUGUCUUAUGUUUAACUGUCUGUAUACACC